AUGGUUUCGUCCCUCCCAAGUCCAACAACGGAGGAGGACGAGGAUGAAGACGAAACUACGCCCAGCCGGGCGGACGCGGACGACGACGGUCGUGUGUACAAGAACCCGCGGAAUUCUCCAUCAGCGCAAUGUCCACGGGACGAGGAGCAAGCUACGCUGCUCGGUCAAAAAUGUCUCCGCAAAUGCUCAUCGGAUGAGGACUGUAAAAGUAAGAAGAAGAAGUGUUUGUGCGAUGGGGCGUGCGGAAUGUCGUGCAUUAAACCAGACCGCGAGUGUCCUGAGUUAGAACAGCCAGAGUUAGGAGAAGAUUCCCUUACCGUCACCCUUACUGGGAGACUGUUUGGUGAUAAAGCUGUGUACUCCUGUCCUCACGGCUACCACGUCGUAGGCCUGCAGUCCAGGAGUUGUCAAGCUGAUGGCAAGUGGGCGGGACAGGCGCCAGCGUGCAAGAAGAACAUAUACUGCCUCCAGCCUCCAACAAUUGAACACGCUCGUCACUCCGCUCUACCAGAGCAAGCUACAUUCGACCUGGAUGCCACGAUUCAGUACAACUGCCACACCGGCUACGUAACCAAUGGAUUCCCUCGGGCUAAGUGCCUGGCUAUUGAAGGACAAGCGUCUUGGUACGGACCGGAUAUUACUUGCGAACCCCGAUCCUGCGGAGAACCAGGGGAUGUCCCCCACGGUUGGGUGACAGCGGAAUGCCACACCUACGCUUGUAGAGCUGUCGUGCAAUGCGGUCAGGGUUUCGAGCUGGUCGGCAAACCAGAUCGCUACUGUCAGGCUGAAGGAGUCUGGACACCUAAAGAACUACCCACCUGUGUCCAAGGAGAUAAGGGGACAGUU